GAACAUGGCUAGCGCCUUGCUAGAAGAACUACCUAUACCAAUAGAAUUACUAACCGAAAUUUAUAAGUAUUUGCCGAGGCCUGACCGUAUGUCCUGCUCCAUGGUCUCGCAAAAAUGGAAGGAAGCCCUAGACAGGAGAGAUCUAUGGAAAAAUAUAAUCCUUCACAUUGACAAGGACUUUUUGGAACCCAGUACCAUUUUGCUGACCAACGAGUACUACCGGCACAUCAACUCUUUAGAAAUUGGCUGGGAGAAGCCACAGAUUCAGAAUCGCUGGCUGCCCCUGAAGAUACACGACUUGACCAAAAGAGUAGUUCGAUAUAUGUUCAUUUUAAAUGAAAACGGUGUUCAGAUAAAAUCUUUCAAAAUCUUUGAGUGGUAUGACGUAUAUCCUUUAAAGAAAAUCAUUUACCAUCUAGCGAGAUUCCUCAGGUUAGUUAAGGAUUACCACUUGUUAUUUUUCAGAAUACAAAAUGGUCUAAAAAAAAUAGUUUUCCACAACACAAAUUUGCCCAAAACAGAAUGCUUGAAAAUCUUAGAUGCUUGUUUAGCUUCAAAGCAUUCAGUGGCCUAUUUAGAAAUUCAUAAUUAUUUUUACAAUUUCAAUACGGCCUUCGACACAGUCGAGUUUUUGGGGUAUUUGCAAGAAUUCACUUACCUAAAAGAAUUGAAAAUGGAUUACUUUAUCUUUUGCGGGAGAAGAAUCAUCGAUGUAAUAGCCGAAAAUGGGAAAUCCCAUUUGAAAAGUUUGGAGAUAUUUUUUGAUGAAACUGACAUGCACAGUCACAUUAUCCCCGAUACGAAGUGGCGGAAACUGAAAAAGUGUUGUCCAAAUUUGAAGGUGUCGAUCACGAUAAGAAAUAUUUGUCAUUAUGAACAAAUUGAAUUCAUAUUUCUGAUGAAAAACAUACCCCUUAGUUCCUUUUCCAUGUAUACAGGCAAUAAAUAUAAUCAGAGGGUUAGUAGAAAUUUCGAAGAAACCUUAACGCAAUUAAUAAAAAAUUAUUAUAGAACAUUAGAAUUUGUAAACUUGGAACUUAAAAAUAACAAGGAGAUCUUAGAUAAUCUUCUAUUCCAAAUUAUAGACAAAUGUCCCAAACUUAAAAAAUUAUUCUUCGAUGGAAACGUAAAUGUGGAUAUGAACUUGUUUCAUGAAAUAUGUAAAUACAAGCAAAGCGCGAAAGGUCUUUAUGUAAAAAUAAUGCAAAGCAACUUUAAAUACAUGACCAAUCUUGUACAUAUGUUUUCCUAG